UGAAAGGGUGGCAGUGUCAGAAGGGACCUGAAAGAGCCUUCACCAGGCUCAGGAAUUCUCACGAGGCUCUGGGAGCCCAAGGUCACACAGCUUAAGUUGGCAGUAGGUUUUUAACAGUCCAGAGGGUCCCCAGGGCACAGCUGUCCAGAAGCCAGUGGUGCAGCAACCAUAGUGAUUCAGUCCAGCAGUUAAUUAGUAACCGGACGGUGCUGAAGCCGACUCCCCUCUGGCUGGCCUGGGAGGCUGAACUUGCGCUGGUUUGAGAAACAGGCGAGCUGGUGACAGAUCACUCCUGCUUCGGAAGGUUGCUGGAUGAGUCAGGAUUGGGGAGACGAGAAAGCACCGUUCUCCAGGACCUGCGCUGGGACCCAGGGUUUUGAGGGAGAAAUAGCAUCCCCUAGGGAACAGAGGUCUCCCGUGCCAGUCCCGUCAUUGAGCACUGCUCGAUCUGUAUGACAUCACCAGCCCCCUUGCUGCUGCCACUGCUGGAAGUUCUGAGCUCUGCACUGGGGGCACCAGGCACUGACACUUGGCUCUUGUUGGGAGAACAGAGAGAGUCUCUUGUCCACGGCCUGUGCUCGGCUCCAACUGCUGCAUCUCCCCGAGGCCUCUGCCCAGGCUGCAUAGGGUGAGAGCUGCCAAGGCUGUAUCAGAAGUUGAAGGUGGGAAAGAGGGCAGCCCCGCCUGGGGGCCAAGAUCCAUCGUGCUUGGUCUUCCUUGGUCCUCCAGAGCCUACCUCAUCAUCACAGCUACAGAAUGGCCUCCAGCCCGGCUGGAGUUCCUAGCCCACAGCCCUCUAGGGCCAAUGGGAACAUCAACCUGGGACCAUCCGCUAACCCAAAUGCCCGACCCACAGAUUUUGACUUCCUCAAAGUCAUUGGCAAAGGGAACUAUGGGAAGGUUCUACUGGCCAAGCGCAAGUCUGACGGGGCCUUCUACGCAGUGAAGGUGCUACAGAAGAAAUCCAUCCUGAAGAGCAAAGAGAACCACAUCAUGGCAGAGCGCAAUGUGCUACUGAAGAACGUGCGCCACCCCUUCCUCGUGGGCCUGCGCUACUCCUUCCAGACCCCUGAGAAGCUCUACUUCGUGCUUGACUAUGUCAAUGGAGGAGAGCUCUUCUUCCACCUGCAGCGGGAACGCAGGUUCCUGGAGCCCCGGGCCCGGUUCUACGCUGCAGAGGUGGCCAGCGCCAUUGGCUACCUGCACUCUCUCAACAUCAUUUACAGAGACUUGAAGCCAGAAAACAUUCUCUUGGACUGUCAAGGACACGUGGUCCUGACAGAUUUUGGCCUCUGCAAAGAAUGUGUGGAGUCCGAGGGGACCACAUCCACUUUCUGUGGCACUCCCGAGUACCUGGCCCCCGAAGUGCUUCGUCAAGAGCCUUACGAUCGAGCAGUGGACUGGUGGUGCUUAGGGGCGGUCCUCUAUGAGAUGCUUCAUGGCCUGCCCCCCUUCUUCGACAAAGAUGUCGCCCAGAUGUAUGAGAAUAUUUUGCACCAGCCACUCCAGAUCCCUGGAGGCCGGACAGUGGCCGCCUGUGACCUCCUGCAAGGCCUUCUCCACAAGGACAAGAAGCAGCGGCUGGGCUCCAAGGCAGACUUUCUCGACAUAAAGAACCAUGUAUUCUUCAGUCCCAUAAAUUGGGAUGACCUGUACCACAAGAGGCUAACUCCACCCUUCAACCCAAACGUGGAAGGACCUGCUGACUUGAAACACUUUGACCCAGAGUUCACCCAGGAAGCUGUGUCCAAGUCCAUUGGCUGCACCCCUGACACCAUGGCCAGCAGUUCUGGGGCCUCAAGUGCAUUCCUUGGAUUUUCCUAUGCACAGGAUGAUAACAUCUUGGACUCAUAAGCGACAAGCGCUUGCAAAUCCGCCAAGACCAGCCGGCACCUGCAGGGGAAACCUUCUGCUGCCAGCAAGACACAAUGAGUUUGAUGACUCAAAGAAGAGCGAAGUGCUUUCUGUCACAUGAAAAACAGUGCAGGACUGGUCACCGAGUACCCACUCAGGUCUGCAGGACAGGCCACCAAGUACCCGCUGAGGCUGGCAGGACAGGUCACCGAGUCCCCACUCAGGCCGGCAGAUCAGGUCACCGAGUACCAGGCGUCUGUUGUUCUGAUUUGCUCUUCUUGAGAAAUGACUCCUGUGUUUGGUGGUGGUGGUUGUUGCUGCUGCUGCUGUGAGAAAAUAUCCAAGAAAGGUAACGAAAAGAGGAUCUCCUCGGGCUCACCACUUCAGAGGUUUCCAUCCAUGGCUGGUUGGUCCCAUUGCUGUGGUCUUUAGGCAAAGCUGAGUCACCUCGGUGGAAGGAGUGGCAUGGAAAAGCUGCUUACCUUCUUCCUACCAGGAAGCAGAAAUAGAAGACUGGUCUGGAAAUAAGAUUUACCUUCAGAGUUACGUCCCAAGUGACCAAUGCCCUCCAAGCAGGGCCCACGUUUUAGUUACCUUUCCAUCGCCUCUCCAUGCCAUACAAUUACGAAUCUAUGAAUGGACUAAAUCACUGAAGAAGCCUGGGUCCCCGUGACCCAACCAUAUACUAAAACCCCAUCAACUGGACAGGGGAACCUUCAGAAAACACUUCAGAUCCAAACUAAAAUAGCUUUGAAUAUUAGGGUUACAUGAUCACAACAUGGUUGCUGAUACCAUAGCCACCUUUGUGCUCUAAGCAAGAGAAAAGAGGGAUGAGACAGGAGUGGGUUACAAAAGGACACCAUUAAAGAGUUUCCCAGAAGCCCAGUUCAGUGGCUUCUUUUAGCAUGUCAUAAAUCCCCAGCCCUACUUAAUGGAGCCUGGGCACAAGCUACCUCUCAUAGCAAGGGCGUUCAAAUGCUGAGGGAAAGGGGAAGAACGUUAUAUAGGCCACGAGCACUCUGGGAAAGGACAUCUUGGUAUGUGAGUUUUUAUUUCAGUGUAAACUGAUGAGCUGCAGUGUAUUGCCUUCAGUUUCACAUUGCUCUGUAUGGACAGUAUCUUUGUUUUGGGUAGUAUUGAUAAACUGGAUAUUUGUUACUAAGUAUAGUUGCCUCAACACCUUUCAUAAUUCAAGGAAGCCCCUACUUUUGAGACUUGAGUGUGUGUGUGUGGAGGGGGGGAGGUGGCUACCUCCAUUUAUAGAAGCAAACACUGCCAGAUUCUGGCUUCUUCAUCCUCCGAGCUCAAGCAAGGCAUGUGGACCAGAGAUGCAUCUGUGCCAACCUGGGCCCAAGGACAGGACUGGAGACUCUUUUGAGUUCCUCCUGUAGAAGAGGUGACAGCGCAGAUUGUAACAGCCAGCCCUCAGCAUACCAGGGCUGCAGUGCUGAUCCUGGAAGCCUCAAGAUUUUCUUUGAAGAUUGUCGGAGUCCGGUGCUAGCCUGGACCAUAAAUUAUUUCUCUACCAGACCCCAACAUAAACUAUCUCUCUUUGGACUGGCGUGGAGGAGACGGGAAUAAAGACAUGACUCACACGGUUUCAA